AUGAGUAACAAUAGUAUAGCAAGAGAUUUCUUUGGAACGUUGCAAAAUCUAUACGUGUUCAUCGAAACUUGCACAAAACGACAUGCUGUGUACUUGAAACACCAGAGAAAGUUGAAUGCGUCAGAUAAUGAAGGAAACAAGAAGCGUGAGUACGUUCUGAAGAAAUUGUCUGAUACAAGAUGGGCAUGUCGGGCGGACAGCAUCACCGCAAUUUACCACACACUCAAAGCUGUCAUCGCGACUCUAAAAGAGAUCGGAGAAAAUGAAAAGAAGGCUCACAUUGCAGCAGAAGCAAAGGGGUUGUUUCAGAACGUCUGUGAUUUUGAAUUUGUUUUGGCUUUGGAGGUACUGUUUUGAUGACAAACGUACCGUGAUUUAUAUUUUAUUCAUUUUUAUUUUUAAUGAAAAUUUAAUGAUGUGAGUUGAUCAUUUUUAUUAAGGUGCUGAAGAAAGUCCUGCUACUCAGUAAAGGAGUGUCAGAUAAGCUGCAGUCAGAGGACUUGGAUGUCGUCACCGGCUGCGAAAGAGUUGCUGAUCUGCUAAGCACAGUACAGGCUCUACGAUGCGAGCCCAAAUUUGAGGAAUUUUGGGAAACUACUGUUACAAAAUGUCGCAGCUUGAAUAUCGAAGAACCAAGACAAGAGCGUACCCACAAACUUCCUAGGAGGAUCGACGAUAAUCCUGACACAGCAGUCCAUCUUACGUCGAAAGACAAGUUUAGAAUUUCCUUUUACUAUAAUGUAGGUUAUAUGAAUAAUGAAUUGUUCUGGAAACAUGCAUUCCAAUCGCUUAUAAAAAUAUUUACAGCUAUGUAUUUUUCGAAAUCUAGGUACUUGAUCUUAUGGUUAGCUCCAUUGAAAGUCGAUUUGACAAGAAUAACGCACCAGUUUUGAUGGGUCUCGGAUACUUAAAUCCUUCUCGAAUAGGCAAUCCAGAAGCUAGGAAACAUAUUUCUGUCGCGGCCCAAUGGUUCCAAUGCGAUCUUGAUGUUGAUGAAGUAGAGAGCGAAAUAUUUUCCCUACAGACAUCGUCGCUGCUUGCUAACAUCCUCGAGAAGGCAAAAUUAGAGAAGAGAAAAGCCAGUUUCGACGACCUGUUCAAAGCACUGCAAGCUGAACCCGAAUGCUAUGGAAAUUUAACAAAGCUGAUGAAAAUUGCUUUGACACUGCCCCUCACAUCAACAAGUGCCGAAAGGACAUUUUCGAAGCUAAAGUUGAUAAAGUCUCGACUUAGGACAACCAUGCAGCAGGAAAAACUGAAUAGUCUGAUGCUGAUGUCCAUCGAAGACGACUUGUUGGAGCAACUUGAUGUGGACAAUCUUGUCCAAUUGUUCGUAGACAUGGCCCCAAGAAGAAUGGGUUUAGUUUAGAUUUUUAAAUUAAACAUUUACUCUCAACUAUUUCUCUAUUCUUUCAAAUAUUUAAAUUUACACUUUAUCAGACUCUGAGUCCCCAUUUCUUUUAAAAAGCAUUGUAGAAACGAACAGUGUCUCACUGUCGAAUAAAAGAACUUCGCAUUAUUUGAACUCAACAUGUCCAACUAAUGUUCGUUUAAGCCUUUUUACACACUUCUCUAGGGAUAAAAGGGUCAUAAAGUGA